AUGAAACCCACGCCAAUAAAGACCACGAGCGAGACAGGGAGGAGAGGAGAGGAGCGUUUCGUGCUGCCGGACACCACGGGCCAGACGGGAGGCUGCGGCGACGGUGCGGAGGACGCGUCGGCCGUGCGUCGUCGGCGCGGAGGAGCCGAGAGCCCCCGUGCGCCCGCGUGGGGCAGCCCGUGCCGGCACGUCGCGCAGUCGCCGGCGUCCGCGUGGGGCGGCCACGCCUCGCCGCUUCUGCGCUGCACCGGCACCGCGCUCUCUGUUGCCACGGCGACGGAGCACAGGGGGGUCCACGGGAGGUCACCGGCUCCAUGGCCGAGGGAAACGUCGUCGCCCACCGGCGACCUCCGUCGCGGCCGAAGACCCCACGCUCACGCAGCGGUCCGGGCCCUCCCGACCGUCGAGUCGCCCACAACGCCCUGGAAGGAGAACCAAAGGCCAAACCACGCCAACAAAAAGUGCCGCGCCACCGAGAUGCACCUGGCAACGCCGCGGAUAUAUUUUUCUCCGGACGGCGCGACGGCCGAGCGAUGGCGGGGAAGGUGCGGUGGUGGCGUUGGCGGUGGUGACGGUGGUGGCGGUGGUGGCGGUGGUGGCGGUGGCGGCUGCGUCCUGGCCGAGCGGUUGUUCUCGCCUCCCAGCGGCGUCUGGAGGGAGAGGGGAGGAAGGUCGCGGGGUCGAGCGACGGAGGGCGAAGCUCACGCGGCGUCGGCCCGGCGUCCCGCAGGGCUCAGAGAGGAGGACCGCGUGAGCCGGCUGGAAGUUUGCGGAUUGUCUCUGCUAGGGUGCGUCAACGAUGCCGCUGGUGGACCCGGUGAGGGCCAAGGUGGAGGAGAUGUUGGUGGGCCACCGGGCGAUCAAGAUGGCCAGGAGCUUAAGGACGAGCGCCUGAUCGAGGCGCAGCAAGGCGACGAGGAGACGGAGAUCUUCCCUUACCCAGACGUCCUCCCGGCACCGGCGGGCGCCUGCAGCCUGCGAGACGUCGCCGCGGCCGCCGACAAGAUUGCUGGCGGCGACCUCGGCGACCGCGACACGCCGGACUCCGGCGACGGCAAAAGGGACGAGCGCCGGGCAGCGAUCCACGGGACUCUGGGAGGGACGCCGUUCCUCUGGCGGCUGCUCCAGCUGCGGCAGCUGGAGGAUUUGACGGUGACGAGCGAGAAAGGCGGCCCCCUCGGCCCCCGCCGCCUCCGACGCCGCCACCGCCGGUCAGCAUCGCCGCGGUCGCCGCGGUCGCCUCGUCCCGCGUCGGCCCUCGGCCGCGCAGAGGAAUGCGGUGAAGGUCAUGGGUCACGGAGAGGCAGCGUCGUGUCGGGGGGCGUGUGCCCCGCACGUCUGGUGUUCGCCGGGAACUUGAAGUAGCGCGGUUUUCGCCAGGCCACGAGAAAUGUUGUCCCAUCAUCGGCGUCGUUAGCCGUUGUAGAUCCACCGCUCGAUGAUGAAGGCUGUCGUAUGUCUAAAAACUCAUUUAUUUAGAGCUGCUUUUUGUGUUCAGUGUGUUGUCCUUCCCCCGCACCUCCGAUGAGCACGGUUGGCUACGUGCGGUGUGAAAGAAGUUUAACACACGUACGUGCACCUUUCACGGUCCAGCGUUACAACGAUUCGUCGGGCUCCUGCGCACGGGCUGAUUUCAUCGCUCUGUCUCCGAGGUGGAUGCCCUCUCGGGCGUGCUCCCUUCCUUUGGCUGCCACUCCUCCGGUGGUCAUGUCCCUUCGCCAUCGUCCCCUUCCAGCAACGCGUCGAGCGACGUGUCCCGGACAUGUCCUGCACGGAGGCACUUUUACUUGAGUCAAUACGAUUCGCGUAGCGUGUUCUCAAAUCGACGUGUUCGUGUUCAUAUCGCUCGGUGUAAUUGCGAGCGUGCGCCUCUCCGCAGUUCGAGGACAGAUGGUGGAAAUCAGCUUCGCAGUCGGUCGACGUGAAGAGGUUUUUUUUUUUCAAAGCGACAAGUUACGACAAUUCAAACACUAAUAUAAUAAUAGGGUUUUUCCCCUUUUUUCUGGCAACAAAACUGAAACCUUUUUUUACAAUGAUUCAUGUCUGCAUUAACCACAAUAC